AUGGGGACCCUUGCUUGGCUGGUCCUUCUCUUACUGCUCCUGGAAGGUGACCAAAGGGGACUCUGGAGAUGGUGUGGAUCCGAGGAAGUGGUGGCUGCCCUUCAGGAGUCCAUCAUCCUUCCCCUGGAAAUACCAUCAGAUGAAGAAAUUGAGAACAUCACCUGGUCCUCCCGCAUACAGCUUGCAAUUGUGGUGGUGGGGAAAGAGGGAAACUUUACCAUUACUGUGACCAACACACACUACCAGGACAGAGUGAGCUUCCUGGACCCCAGCUACUCCCUGCAGAUCACCAAUCUGAGCUGGCAGGAUGCAGGGCCUUACCAAGCCCAAGUCAACCUGAGGACAUCCCAGAUGUCUACUAUACAGUGUUACAAUUUACGUAUCUACCGAUGGUUGUUGGAGCCCCGUGUCACUGUGAACUUUGAGAUCUCCAGAGAAGAUGCCUGUAAUGUGUCCAUGACAUGCUCUAUGGAGAAGGUAGGCAUAGACGUGACUUACAGCUGGAUAUCCUGGAAGGGCAGCAAUGACAUAGCCCAUAAAGGCCCUGUCCUCAGCACAUCCUGGAGGCCUGGAGAUGAUGCCCUCUUAUAUACCUGCAGGGUCAGCAACCCCAUUAGCAACACCAGUUCCCGUCUGAUUCAUGCUGGACUUUUCUGUGCAGAUCCUGGAUUUCCUUCCGAGAAGGCCUCAUCUUCCUUCUGACACCUGGCCAAGGGAUUGCUCCUUCUUUUGCUCUUGGUAAUUCUAGCUGUGGGGCUUUGGGUCAUCCGAGUCCAGAAAAGGUGCCAAAUUACAAAGAUGAAGAAACUCAGGAGAAACAGAAUGAAACUUAGGAAGAAGGGGAAGUCUGGCUCCAGCCCAGCCUGA